AUGGCUGGAGCUGAGACCGGUAGAAUUCUGAGCAAGGUCGCCACGGUGUUGAAGGUCGUCGUGGGCAUCUCCCACUCCGUCGGCGAUGUACUCGUCCCUCAAUACCCAGUCAAGAACUCCGCCAUAAAGAUUGUCUCAGAUAUCGCCUCGGGUGCUGGGUUGAUCUCUUCGCUGUUCUUCUCGAGUGCCGUUCAGAGCGGACUUGGUGCUCUCGACGCUGGCGGUCUAACAAGCAACACCCGCGGCUUUGGAGCGAUUGUCGCUCUUGUCGUGUCUGGAUGGCAUUUCUAUGAGCUUGCCCUGUGCGAGGAGGGAGACACCCGAUCGGCUGCUAUCCUGGGCGAGGUCAGACCGGGUGGAGAUCUUGUAACGUGA